AUGGCAGGCGAUUCUGUAAAGACCAUCAUCUUCGACAUUGGCGAUGUGCUUUGCAGCUGGGUCCCACCAAAGACACUUGGCAUCAGCCCAAAGCUCUUCAAAGAGUUCCGCGACUCGCAUACGUGGUAUGACUACGACUGUGGCAAGAUCAGCGAGGAUGAGUGCUUCGCGAGAUUGGCGGCUCAAGGCGGCGUUUCCACCACCGACGUGGCGGCGGCGUUUGAGUUGGCCAGGAACUCGCUGGUGCAGAAUGACGGCGUGGUCACAGCAAUCCGAGGCUUGAGGGCGGCGCACCCUCACCUACGCGUUUAUGCCAUGUCCAACAUCUCUCGACCCGACUGGGAAAUGCUCCGCCGGAAGCCGUUUGGUUGGGAUAUCUUCGACUGCAUUUUCACGUCUUGUGAGACUGGGAUGCGCAAGCCCGAGCUUCGCUUUUACCGCCACGUGCUCAGCGAGACGGGGACGUCGCCUGCCGAGUCCGUCUUUGUGGACGACAAGCCGGACAACAUCGUGGCCGCCCAUUCGCUCGGCUUCCGGGAAGCCAUCCUUUUCGAUGACGCAGCCAAUGUGCGAAGGCAACUCUUGAACUUGCUCGAGGAUCCGGCCCAGAGAGGGCGAGCGUGGAUAAGCGGACAUGCCAAGGAGCAGUGCUCGGAGACGGACCGGGGGGACUGCAUCGACGAUAAUUUUGCACAGCUGCUUGCCUACGAGGCAAUGGGGGACGGAAGUCUUCUGAACCACAGGCCCUUCGACCGGACGUGGAACUACUUUGCAGCACCGCUCGGAAUGCCCCAAAAGAUAUGUGAUGACGUGGACACGACGUCGUACGCGUUCAAGGUGCUGCAGCUCGACAACAAGAUGGCCCACUCGAUCAUGGAUGAGAUGAUGUCAGCGGAGCAGAGAACAGCGGACGGGAUCGUCAAGGUGUACUUCGACAAGACGAACAGCCGGACAGAUGCUGCCGUGUGCAUCAACGUCGUGCGGCUGCAUUACAAGUUCGGGCGCGGCAAUGAGCCCGGACUCCAGGCGACAAAGGCCUGGAUCCAGGACGUGCUUUUCUUCCGGGGGUACAUGAACGGGACGCGGUACUACCCGCAGCCAGAGGUGUAUCUCUACUUCUUCGCCCGGCUGCUGGUGGAGAACCGGAACUCGGACUUGUUCCGCAGCACGGCGGCGCUGCUGCGGGAACGGCUCAUGGAGCGCAUCAACAGCCCGGCCGACUCGCUGGGGCUGGCGAUGCGGGUGUUGGCGUGCCACUACAUGGGCAUCCGGGAUGAGAUGGACCUGAAGCGGCUGCUCACGAGACAGCAGGAGGACGGUUCGUUCGGGCUGGGAUGGCUGUGCUCGUACGGAAAGACCCAGGUCAAAGUGGGCAGCCGAGUGCUCACGACGGCACUGGCGGUCGCGGCGGUCGAGGCAUUGACGGGCAGUGGUGUCAAGGCGGCGCAGCAAGGCGGCACACGCGCCCCGAUGCAGUAUGGCCACGGUGUAGCAGUGCCCGCGUCGGCCUGA